AUGGAGUCAAGCCAAGCCUUCACGCUCACGCCUGGCAAAACCAUGCGCAUGGCUCAACCUACAAACUUUCUUUUAAAAAGAGUAAAACAGAUGACGUUUAACCCGGACACGUGUGGGCAACCAAUUUUAACCCUCGAGGAUUCAAUUGCAUCAAAGAGAACAAGGGGUCGUACUAGCUCGAUCGGCCAGAAACCUUGCAGAAACAUUUAUCGCUUGUUAUGCAAUGGAUUCGACCCUGUGGGAACCCUUCGCUUCUGUGACUCGAAUUCUUUAGCUCUUUCUGCAAAGGGCGAAGCACUAAAGGGAGAGCGAAAAAUCUGCUGGCUUGUGGAAGGUGCAGAAAAGCUCCUGCGAAUCGCGUGA